AUUGACAGCUUGGUAGAUUUUGAGCAGUAAUCGGGCCAAAAUAAAUAAACUGUAUUGUAAAUAAAAACAAUAAGUUUUAUUAAAAUGUCGAAAAUUGACUACAACACUUAUAUGAAUACCGUAUGCCGUGCGUGUCUUACAACGAAAGCAUCUUUUACAUAUUUUUUAUGUGAAAAUGUAUGUGCAGAUACUUAUUGGUUUUGCACCUCAGUUUUGGUGACAAGAGAUGAGCAAAUGCCCAAAGGAGUCUGCGAUUCAUGUUAUGAACUCCUCAAGAAAUAUUCAGAGUUCAAGCAAACAUGCAUAGACUCACAAGCUACUCUAGCCAAUGUUAAGAACGGUUUGAAAUUCGAGGUGGAUAUGGUUGCAGCCGCUGAUAGGAAUUUUGUAAUAAAUGAAAGUAAAACAGACAAAAUAAAGACUGAAUUAAUUGAAAAUACUGUUAAACUUGAAAUUGAAAAUGAAGAUGUUGAUCAUGAUUAUGUGGAUGAAGUGUAUCAAGAAGGGCCAGACUUCAGUGAAGGUUCACAACAGUAUAGUAAUACUAAUAAAUUAAAAGUAAGUAAACUGAGAACUAUAAAGAAACAAGGAAUCAAGUCAAAAGUUAGAAAGAAAUUUAUUUACACCUGUGAUAUUUGCCAAAAGAAAUUCAAUUUUAAAGAGAGAUUCGAAGCACAUAAGCUUGAACAUGAGGGUAAAAUUGUGACAAUUCGUUGUUCUCCGUGCAACAAAACCUUUGUCACAUGGAGUGGUCUCAAACGUCACACGAAGAGUGAACACAGUCAAAGCGACUUAGAAAGCCUGAAGUGCCCCACUUGUGGCAAGAUAUUCAAAAGUCAACAGACGCUGAAGACGCAUGAGAAAAUACAUGGAGAGAGGAAACUCAUAAUGUGCGAUGUUUGUGGGAAAGGAUUCACAACUUCUGGUAUUUUGAAGGCACACUUAGAAACACACAAAGAAAACAGAGAAAGAACUUUCGCUUGCAAGCACUGCGGAAAAAAGUUCUUCACAAAAACCAUACUGCUAUCACAUAUGACCAAAAGGCAUUCCGGUCGACGUUACAUUUGUGAAAUAUGUUCCUACCCAUUUACUGAUAAAUAUAACUUGGCCAAACACUUACUCAUACAUGAUGGAAAGAAAUCGCAUAAAUGUGAGAUCUGUCACAAAGGAUUUGCAUCACAUUCUUCAGUGACCGAGCACAAACGUAUGCAUUCUGGUGAAAGACCUUAUCCAUGCAGUUUUUGUCUGAAAGUGUUUAUAUCUAAGAAGAGACUGACUGAACAUGUUAGAAUACAUACUGGUGAGAAACCACACAAGUGUGGGUUAUGUGAACAAAGGUUUACUCAACGAGGGACCCUGAAAAGGCAUAUGAAAGUACAUGAUAGAACUGCAGUUUAAUCAAAGGACUGAGUUGGAUUUGAUGAAGUAAAAAAAUGGGGAUGAACUUUAACUUCU